GCUACAUUUUGGUUGCACUGAAGUGAACGUGAUGCCAUCACAAAUGGCAUCCAUCCAUCAUGCGUCCGUCCAUCGACAGGAAGUCUCCAGUCUCACGCACACGCACACGCACACGAAAGCUCAGCUGCGGGCAAGCACACACGCAGACAGACACAGUGCCUGACGACACCAUUGAGACCAUUGACUGACUCAUUCAUAUGCACACCUGCCUGCCAUCAACAUGCAGUCAGCCAGCCAGCCAGCCGCUCAUCCGAUCGACCGACUCGGCUGUCUGUCUGUCUGUCUGUCUGCCCGCAAGAGUGAGUGAGGAGGGAGAAAUGAGCAGCGACUCCCCCCAUUGUAAAAGUGCGAUCACUACCCAGCCAAAAAACUGGUACGCAGCAGGAAUAAAUACCCCCUUCCCUCCCCUCCCCCCCUCUACAGCCACCCCUUACCCCUCCCUCCCUCCCCCCAUCCCUCCCUCCCUGCCUCUGUGCUGCUGCUGGCAGGCAUGGAAAACCUCAAACAAGUGAUUUGAUUUGCAGGCAUCAAGAGGAUCGAAGGGAUGAAUGCAGGCAGGCAUGCUGUACAGCAAGACCGACACAGUCGAGUAACGGCACACACGUGCAUGGACGAGACCAGACGAGGUCGGUCGAUCAGACUUGGGCGUCCCCAGCAGUCGUGGUCGAUCUCUCUCCCCGGUUAUCUGCCCGACACACACAUACACACGCCGUGAGUGAGACAUGAUCGACGUCCGUCCGUCGUGCCCCUCCCUGGUUCCUUGGGGUUGCUGACUGACCGUCUAGCAGCGGUGUGCCCACAGCGGGUAUCGACAUUUUGCACAAUGGACACACCGCAUUGCGGAGCAGCCAUAUGUCGAUGCACCUGCACCGCAGCCGCAGGACGUCACAAGACAUCACACCACACAGCCGUCGAAGUGUUGCUAGCUAUUGUGUUGGCUCACGAUUUGUGGAAGACGUGUCCGCACUGCUGCAGCACUCUUACGGUCUCACCCUCCUGCACGUACAAAGAGCAGAACGAGCAGAACAGCCAGCAAAUGGCUCUGGCUUCCUCUGUCUGUCUGUGGGUGGGCGUGGUUGUUGGGUGAGUGCAGCGCGUGCCUUGAGGUCUUCGAGGCAUAUCGAGCAUCCCUCGUGCUGGGGCGCCGUCACCACUGAACAUGGCAGCCUCUCUAUCUGGGCUGCACACACACACACACACACACGCCAGGAGCAGCAGAAAGCGACACAGAGUCCGGGUGCAUUUGGCGAAUGUCUGUCUGUGUGCGGCCUGUCUGUCUGCCUUGUGUGGUGCGUUUGUUUACCAGGUGUGAGUCCCCUUAAUCUGAACAAAUGUAUGCCGUAGUCGACAAAGAUCCGUAGCUGGCCCCACCUACACACACACACACACACACACACGCACGCACGCGCACACACAAAGAGCCCGCCGUGCGUCACUUUGAUAUGACGUGUGCUGCGUCCAUCCACCCCGCCCACCGUCUCAGUGAGUCCUGGUCCUCCACCUGCCUGAGGUCCCGCUCGGCGCGACGCCGGCGGUAGUCGAGCGCAACCGCAACAGCUGCACACACACACACACACACACACACACAGAUGGUCCGGUCCGCCCCGCCCUUCUCUCGUCCGUCUGGUCACUGCCUGCUUGCACGUGACGUCACGUCAGCUCUGCGUACAAAUGAAAAGGAGGUAUAUGACGAUCCAUAUGUAGCACAGCCCCAGCCAGAACAUCAGAAACCACGGAUGGCUGCCGCGAGGCAACUGACACACACACACACACAAACCAACAGAUAACAUAACACAACACACGAAAUGAAAUGACCGAUAUAUCGCCACCUCCAGCCCUCUCCUCUCCCCCGCCCGUCACUCACGCAGUUGGGCGUCUUUGCUCUGAGUUGUGCGAACCAGACAGUGCCGACGAUGGUCCAAGCAGUGAAGAAGGGGAAGAGUCCUCCGAGUAUCAUCCAGCUGACCCACACGGGCGGGCCUCUCUGUGUGUAGAGGAGGAACUCCUCGCCGUCGUCGCUGAGGUACUGCCCCAGGUAGUGGGCGGCGCGGAAGAGCAGGAUCGACAGGUAGGACACCACAAGCCACAGCUGAAUGGGCCGGUAGCACGCUGAUCCAUUCGAUAGGUCGAUGGAUCCAUCAACAGAUGCAUCAACAGACAGACAGACAUUAGACACACAGCAAGGGGCAUCGCAUUCUCUCGCCCUCUCUCUCCCUCCCUCCCGCCCUCCAUCCCUCCAUCCCUCUCUCUCUCUGUAUGCCUCUGUGUGUGUGUGCGUGUGCGUGGUGCUUCCUUUCUUACUGGCGAACUUGUCCCAUUCGAGGAUGAUCUCUGUGCUCGAGUAGGCGAACGCGAAGAACAACACGCCAUCGUUACUGUGUGGCCAACACACAACAAACACAUCAAUCAUUUUCCAGGUGACCGGACCGUCCGCACCCCUGCACUGCACAUCCGUCCUUCCCUCCCCCCUCUUGCCUACCAGCUGAGGUGCACGCGAGGCAUCCUCACUUCCGAUAUGGAGUAGCGAGACCAACCGAUGUACCGAGUUUGAUGCGAUGAAUCGCCGACCGAGCUGACGAGAAAGGAAUCCAAUGACGCCAGGCCUCUCGACAGCGCUGUUGUCGAGCAGUGGAGGGAUGGGCGACUGGGCCACUGGGGCAAGGAGCGAUGAAUGAAUCAACCGAUGGGGAUCGUCCAAGCACCAGCAGAUGGGUGCAACACAGGCGACUGCUGGCCCUUAGACACCAGUGAGCUCAAACGAAAGGAUAGAAGCUGCGCUCUCGGCGAGUGCCGAUCCGAGGCCCCUCGGAAUGGAAUGUCGCAACUUGGAGUGGUUGGGGAUGACGCAGAGCAAGGGGAGGUGUGCAGACCGGUUCAUGCCGUCCCUCGGACAACGACUGAUCAUC